GGAAAUGCCAAUUUAACGAGAGCCAUCAGAGUGAACGCUGAUGAUGGCCAACACCAGCACCUACGUGAAGAACUGGCUACUUGCCGCCUUUCUCCUGCCGCUGCUUGGCUACUGUCAGGGAUUGCACAGCUACUGUGGGCCACAGGGAGUUUGCCUGCAACGAAAUGCUCCCUGCACCCUCGUCGUGGCCAAUCCGAACUGUGAGGAGCGCGAGAAAUGCUGCGUUUUUAAAAGAACUUCUGAUAAUGUAGCGCAUGGAAUACCAGAUGAGCUUUUCUACUAUAACCAGCUGGCGAUUAAUAUUACUGGUCUGCCCAGGGGCGUUGACGGAGGAGGCGUUUGAAGUAUUGUAAUAAAUAUGAUCCUCCAUACGAAUGGAUUGCCAAAGCUUA